GGCGCUGCCUGGCGGUGUGGUGAGACGGGCAGGGGGCCGGGCCGAGCGCCGAUGCGGUGUCAUGAGCCUGGCGGAGGGGCGAGCCCCGCGGCGCACGGCCGGGAACCGCCUGUCGGGGCUGCUCGAGGCCGAGGAGGAGGACGAGUUUUACCAGACCACCUACGGCGGCUUCAACGAGGAGUCGGGCGAUGACGAGUACCGUGGUGACCAGUCAGACAGCGACGAUGAGGUGGACUCGGACUUCGACAUCGAUGAGGGCGAGGAACCGGCCAGCGACCAGGACGAGAGCGAACCCAAGCGCCGCCGCCUCGUCACCAAGGCCUAUCGGGAACCCCUCAAGCCCCUGCGCCCCAAGAAGUCGGAUGUCCCCAGCAGCUCCCAGAAGCCACGAGAGGUUAAAUCCAUCCCUGUGGAGCUCCAGGAUGACUUGGGAGACAGCCGGAAGCACAUGCGGCAGUCGACGACAGAGCACACGCGCCAAACCUUCCUGCGCAUCCAGGAGCGGCAGGUGCAGUCCAAGCGGAAGAAGGGCGGCCCCAACUAUGAUCGGCCCCUGACGCAGGAGGAGCUGCUGGAGGAGGCCAAGAUCACCGAGGAGAUCAACCUCCGCUCGCUGGAGAACUAUGAGCGCUUGGAAGCCGACAAGAAGAAGCAGGUGCAGAAGAAGCGCAAGUGUGUGGGGCCGGUGAUCCGCUACUGGUCCGUCACCAUGCCCCUUGUCCCAGAGCCGGGAAAAGAGGAGAACGUGGACGUGGAGGGGUUGGACCAAGACCCGCAGCAGGCUGAAGCGGCCCCAGCUCCGCCUUCUGCCGGGAAGUGCUCCCGCACCUUCGUUUCCUUCAGCGACGAUGAAACCUUUGAGCGUUUCUUUCCUAAAUCGAAGCCACCUCGACUGCCGGUGCGGGAGAUCUGCCCGGUCACCCACAAACCAGCCGUUUACCGCGACCCCAUCACCGACAUCCCUUAUUCCAACAUCCGCGCCUUCAAAAUCAUUCGUGAGGCGUACAAGAAAUACAUCACGGCCCACGGGCUGCCAAGUGCCGCCACCGCCUCUGCCACCCUGGGAGCCGCUGCUCCCUCCGGCCCCGAUCCCGGCAUCCGCCCCACGCGCCAGAAGAUCAUCAUCAAGCAGAGCGUCCCCACUGCCUGAGUGAGAGAGGCUUUCUUGCUCUAUUUAUCUCCUUCCCACGGUUUUUAUAUAAAAAAAGAAAUAAAACGGAGCAGUCUGCGUACGACGAGGGUGCGGACUCAUUCGCCAGCUGAACGUGAGCCAGCAGUGGCCCAGGUGGCCAAGAAGGCCACCAGCAGCCUGGCUUGGAUCAGCCAUGCGGUGGCCAGCAGGAGCAGGGAUGGGAUUGUACCCCUGGACUCGGUGCUGGUGAGGCUGCACCUCAAAUCCUGAGUUCAGUUUUGGGCCC